UAAUAAGACUUUUGAUUGAAGAACUGGUUGCACCACAGAAAAAGGCCUGGAGAUCUCGGACUCCGUAUUCGGCUCCGUGUACUAGUACUUUCAAAAUGUCCAAGUUGUUAGAAUCCCCUAACAACCACAAAUCAUCAGUGACACAAGCACAGGCGAGCCACGGGAACAAGAACAACGACAGAAUUGAUGGCAACGAAAUGUCAAAUCCAAUCUGCGGCAUCGGCAGCAGUUGGUGGUGGCGCACACGCAGCUUAAACGCACCGUCGCCAUUCCAGCAAUUUGGGCCAUGUGGCCGCAUCAUGAAGAAUUCGGCGGUGGUUAUGCAAAUUCAGGAUCCCGCCAGUCAACGUCUAACAUGGUACAAGCCCCCGCUAACUGUACUGGUCAUCAAGAAAGUUAGCGAUGCUUCCGUGCUGGCGCCAUUUGUGCAGCUGGUCAGUUGGCUGCUGCAGGCAAAGAAUAUGGUUGUUUGGGUGGAGUCUGCAGUGCUCGACGAUGCACUUCUCAACGAGGACAUACAGUUUCGAGGUAUUCGCGACAAGUUGGUGACUUUCAAAGAUGGUCGCGAUGAUCUCACUGAUCGCAUUGACUUUAUUGUCUGCCUUGGAGGCGAUGGGACCCUGUUGUAUGCCUCGCUUCUGUUCCAGCAAUCGGUGCCGCCGGUCAUGGCCUUCCAUUUAGGCUCAUUGGGCUUUCUGACACCCUUCCGCUUCGACAAUUUCCAAGAACAGCUCACCAACGUACUGGAGGGUCAUGCAGCGCUCACAUUGCGUAGCCGUCUACGCUGUGUGAUGCAUCGUAAGAGUGAGAAGCGGUACGAGGUCAAACAGGCUGUCGAGUUAAAUGCACAUGCGUCUCCCGCUUCUAAUAGCAUUCUGGUGCUGAACGAGGUGGUCAUCGAUCGUGGUCCAUCGCCUUAUCUGAGCAAUAUUGAUCUGUUCUUGGAUGGCAAGUACAUUACAUCCGUGCAGGGCGAUGGCUUGAUUGUAUCCACACCGACGGGCAGCACAGCAUAUGCCGUUGCCGCUGGUGCCUCCAUGAUACAUCCCUCCGUGCCAGCCAUAAUGGUGACGCCUAUCUGUCCACAUUCGCUCAGCUUUAGACCCAUCGUUGUGCCCGCUGGUGUUGAACUGAAGAUUUCCGUUUCGCCUGAUAGUCGUAACACUUCCUGGGUGAGCUUUGAUGGUCGCAAUCGUCAGGAGAUCUUUCACGGCGACAGCCUACGCGUGACAACCUCAAUUUAUCCAGUGCCCAGCAUUUGCGCCCAGGACCAAAUAUCCGAUUGGUUUGCCUCGCUGGCCGAUGGACUGCAUUGGAAUGUGCGCAAGCGUCAGAAAUGCCUCGACGAGCUGUCAGAUUUAACAGCAUCUGGAUCCGAGGAGACCUUCGAUGAGAUUGAAAAUAUAAAAUUAUAUGACGUUUAGUGCGUAAGUCAAAGAAAGAGCUUAACCAAUUUGAGAUGCAUGUGUGAGUGUACCAAGUCAAACAAAGUAAUUGCUGCAUACAUAUGUACAUAUGUUGAUUAUAAUUUAACAUUCUACAAUGUUAUCUUAUGGUAUUAUUUUUAGCAACUCGAAUAUUUUUGUUUCCUUAGCUGAUAGUUUGUAUAAUCACCGUUGCGCACAGUCAAUUAAAAUCGUUGGUCAUUUA